GUAUGUGAGCAUCCCCUCGUAACGGCGGUAAGGCAGGCUUAGUCUUGAGGUCUGACUAAUCACUAAUAUCAUGCAAAUUCUUGGUUUGCCUACCUCGAUGUUUUCAGUUCGUCUAUCCCGUUUCCUCGCUGCUUGGUAAAAGGGAGCAAGAAAGAAGGCCGUCUUGAGUAUCUAGAUUUACUUUUUUUUCUCUAUUUUUGUAUUCGAAUAGUACAAGAUGCCGAAGAUUCAGUCCAUCAUCCACUACCGCGUCAAGCCUCGCUGGCUGAUGGUCAAGGUUGUCGACGAAAAUGGACAGUACGGCUGGGGUGAGGCAACUCUAGAAGGCCACGACCUCGCGGUUGAGGGCUGCCUAAAUGAGAUGAUUCCCAGGCUUAUCGGUAGAGAGGCAAACGAAAUCGAGAAUAUCUGGCAAACGUUUUGGAGGCAUGGAUUCUACCGCGGCGGCCCCGUCUUCAUGUCGGCCAUGUCUGGAAUCGACAUUGCACUGUGGGAUCUCAAGGGACGGAAUUUAAAGGUUCCCGUUUAUGAGCUCCUGGGAGGCAAGGUCCGUACCAAGGUCCAGGUCUACUGCUGGAUUGGUGGCGAUCGGCCGUCUGAUGUUGAAGCGGCAGCGAAGAAGCGGAUUGCUCAGGGCCUCAAAUGCGUCAAGAUGAACGCGACAGAGGAUACCAACUGGAUCGAUUCCCCAGCCGUCCUCGAUGCCACUGUCGAGCGGCUUCGUCAAGUCAAGGCCCUCGGGCUCGAUGCCGGCCUCGACUUCCACGGCCGUCUCCACAAAGGAAUGGCCAAGCAGCUUGCCAAAGCUCUCGAGCCGCACAGGCCGCUAUUCAUCGAGGAGCCUCUCCUGUGCGAGCACCCCGAAGCCAUCAACAAGCUCUCCGAGCAGACGACGAUCCCAAUCGCCUUCGGAGAGCGCCUGUUCACGAGAUGGGACGUUAAGCGCUUCUUAGAGGACGCUAGCGUCGACAUUCUCCAGCCUGAUAUCGCGCACGCCGGGGGCAUCUCAGAAACAAGGAGGAUCGCCUCAAUGGCCGAGGCCUACGACGUUGCCAUCGCACCCCAUUGCCCUCUCGGACCGGUGGCAUUUGCUGCGAGCGUGCAGAUAGGACUCGCCACGCCGAACUUUUCCAUCCUCGAGAUGAGCUUGGGAAUGCACUACAAUACCGAGGCCGGCGACAUCGACCUACUGACGUACUUGAAGAACCCGGAGGUGUUCGACAUAGAGGACGGCUACGUUAAGGCCCCAUCAGGGUACGGGCUCGGGAUCGAGAUUGAUGAAGAGCUGGUGAGGAAGAUGUCGAAAGAGACCGAGCCGUGGCAAUGUAAGGCUUUCCACGGACCGGACGGCAGCGUCAGGGAGUGGUAAAAUGGAAGAGUAGAUAGUCGAAACAGUGUACACACCAUUUAUUAGAGACACAUAUUAACAUCUUGUCACAUAGCAGUUGAGCCAGCCACAUAUGCCUACAUACCGCAUAGCGUAAUGCAGGCGUCUACGCUUUACACGACACAUCUUCUUUAAUAACUACCGACAUCGCUAUUUUUGUCACAGGAAUUUCCGAGAGUUGAUUUCCAAGACUCGUCCUCCUGUGAAGCCAUUUUCGUAAGCCCGAGGAAGAACUGGCUCCCGAUGAGGAGCCUGGAUAUCUACGAGGAGCCUGGAUAUCUUGAAGUAGACAGUUGAAUAUCUGUGUAACUUCUUAGUUGUACAGCAUCUUGGGAAAGCAUUCCGGGGCAUAAUCAUCGAGGCGACGCUUACUAUGCUACACUCUCAACUGAGAGAUAAUAAGCGAAAGCACCUAAUCA